AUGCUCAGCGGGCUCGAUCAGAAUACUCUUAUGCAGAUUCAUCAGUUAUUCGGAGGUGAUGAGAGCCGAACUCGUGCUAUCUUGGAGCAGUAUCAGCAACAACAGCGGAACUAUCAGCAGUAUCAUCAGCAGCUUGUUCAGCAACAACCUUCAAUGGAUCAGUUGUACCUGACAUAUCACAGUUAUCAGAAGCAGACCUCAAUCGAAUUUAUCGACCGUAGAUCUAGCGACUCGAUGUGUGAUAAGAAUUCGUCCUUCAACACAAGAAGCAAACGGCCACCAUUACAGAUGCGACAGCAGCAUGCAGCAAUGCUGGUAUGGUACGUCCGCUACAAGCUUUGCGGCAAACUAUAUGCGACGCUGGCGCCUGUUCGUCGCCAGCAAGCACUGUCGCUUGGAGCGGAGGACCAUGCUCAAGGGGACAGAUUCAGGCGAAACAAUUGGAGGCGCGUCAGCUUGAGCAGCAAACGGCAAGAGCAAGUUCGAUUUAUAGGCUUCAACAAGAAAAACAGCGGCAAAUUGAAGCUGCAAGGAAGCAGCUGCAGGAGCAAAUCAAAACACCAUGACAUCACCGCUGCGAACAUCGACAAAAACACGAUAGCUAUGGUGAUCGACGAAGAUAUCCGGGGCAUGGAGAAGCAGGUGCGACGGCUGGAGGAAGAGGAGCGAACAUACCAGAAGAAGAAAAUCCAAGCUGAGCAAAUGAUCACAUCUGCUUUCCGAAUAAAUUCAACCAUGCAGGACUUUCAAGCAAGCAGGAACUCAAAGAGGUAUGGUGCACAGGACAAUAUGCGUGUUGUUGAACAUUCGGGCUCACGUCCAAAAGAAGCCGAUAAUUUGCGUGAGAAUGGCAGUACAAGUGGUGUUAUUGUUUGUGGUCUGGCGGCCUCAGUAAAGGGUGGUGAAAGAUUCGCUCAAUCGCAGCAACAGCAGCAACAACAGCAGCAAGCUGUUAAGGCGCCACAGCCACCACCAACAACGUUAUCGUUAGCAGCCCAAGCUCAAGCUCAACAGUUCCAUCUGCAAAUGCAGCAACAACAACACAAGAAUCUCGGCAUCGGCAUUCGUCAACCAACGGCUGACUCAAAACCCGUCGUCCAUGAAGAGCUUACCAACAGCCAUGCAGCAGCUCAGGCAGCACAUGCCGCUAGUCAUUCGGCGAUUGCACCUCCUGAAAUCCGAAGGAAAUCUGGUCUUGAAAUGCUGAAUAUUCCACCGGUGUCUGUGGCUCGUCAUCCUCAAAGAAGACCUACGAGUCCGAGUUCAGGAGGAGUAGGGAUUCAACGACCUCCUAUGAAUCGGCCGGCUCGAUCGAUUAUGGGAGGGGUGCCAUCGUACAGUGCUCUCGUCGUUAACACUUCCCAUGGCGCUACCGGUUCACCACAAAUGAGCUCACAACAUAUGUCGCCGUCAGUAUCAGCAUCGUCCUCAUCUACAGCGUCCAAUGUUUACUCUCAUUUCCAACAGUCGCUCAACGCCUGCUCCCCUGCCGCCGCUCAACUCAAUAAGACUCAACCAAUGGCCUCACCUGUUGUGUGCGUACCAAAGACAGAGGUUCCCUCUGUUCCGGUGCAGCCGCUCGCUUCUCCAGCCAUACCGAGCACUUCAGGAGUUCUCUCCUCUGUUUCUGCUUUCCAGGAGCCAACUACUUCCACAUCGACAACUAUACCUCCUCCUCCUACUCUACAGUUCCUUGCCACUUCAACAGUUAGCGGCCCUCCAACUUAUGAACCGAUCUCACCAGAUGACGGCGCUCCAACGAGCCCAGUUACUCGCGCAGAAGCUCCUUCAGCCACUCCUGCAUCUUCUCAAGGCUCAAGAAUGUUCUCAGCUCUUGAUUUCGACUUUCCGCUAGCUGUGGCACCAUCGUCAACGGCUCCACCACCUCUUCCUCCUUCUUUGGCACCCCCACUAGCAGAAUUGCUCAGAACAGCCGGGACUGAACCGAUCGCCACCGCGAUGACGUUCGAACCAUUGUCGGACGAUGACGACUGA